CCCUGAAUAUAAAUACCAGAUGUUGACGAAGGACACAGGAUCUGCAUAGCGAAAGAAGUGACAUGCAAUGGAUCCCAAAUAUCAGCGUGUGGCGCUAAAUGAUGGUCACUUCAUGCCCGUAUUGGGAUUUGGCUCCUAUGCACCUCCAGAGGUUCCGAGGAACAGAGUUGUGGAGGUCACCAAAUUGGCAAUAGAAGCUGGCUUCCGCCAUAUUGAUUCUGCUUAUUUAUACAACAAUGAGGAGCAAGUUGGACUGGCCAUCCGAAGCAAGAUUGCAGACGGCAGUGUGAAGAGAGAAGACAUAUUCUACACUUCAAAGCUUUGGUGCACUUUCUUUCGACCACAGUUGGUCCAACCAGCCUUGGAAAGCUCACUGAAAAAACUUCAACUGGACUAUGUGGACCUCUAUCUUAUUCAUUUCCCAAUGGCUCUCAAGCCAGGUGAGACGCCACUACCAAAAGAUGAAAAUGGAAAAGUAAUGUUCGACACAGUGGAUCUCUGUGCCAUAUGGGAGGCCAUGGAGAAGUGUAAGGAUGCAGGAAUGGCCAAGUCCAUCGGGGUGUCAAACUUCAACCGCAGACAGCUGGAGAUGAUCCUCAACAACCCAGGACUCAAGUACAAGCCCGUCUGCAACCAGGUGGAAUGUCAUCCUUACCUCAACCAGAGCAAACUGCUGGAUUUCUGCAAGUCAAAAGACAUUGUCCUGGUUGCCCAUAGUGCUCUGGGAACCCAACGACAUAAACUAUGGGUGGACCAGAACUCCCCAGCUCUUUUGGAGGACCCAGUUCUUUGCGCCUUAGCAAAGAAACACAAACGAUCCCCAGCCCUGAUUGCCCUGCGCUACCAGCUGCAGCGUGGGGUUGUGGUCCUGGCCAAGAGCUACAAUGAGCAGCGGAUCAGAGAAAAUGUCCAGGUUUUUGAAUUCCAGUUGACUUCAGAGGAUAUGAAAGUUCUAGAUGACCUAAACAGAAAUUUUCGAUAUGUUGUCAUGGAUUUUCUUGUGGACCACCCUGAUUAUCCAUUUUCAGAUGAAUAUUAGCAGAGAGGGUGUUGCACGACAUCUAGCAGAAGCCCUGCGUGUGGAUGGUGAUGCAGAGGAUGUCUCGAUGCUGGUGGACACACGGCCUCUGGUUAAAUCCCUCCUGCUUGGCAACUUCAGUUAGCUACAUACAUCCAUAGUCCAGAAAGCAAAGAAAAUAAAUUUUAUCUUGAAGUAA